UAUUUUUGACGGGCGUCAGGAUGGUACAGCAUGUCUAGACUUUUUUUCGAAAAAGACUACGCAUGACAAAUAGAAUGACUCCAGUCACUUUCAUAGUCCGGACGGGCACUAUGGACUAUACGAGAUUUCAGACUAGUUCUGUACUAGGACAUUUUGUGAAAAAGACUAGACUAGACGGCCGACUUGUCUAGAAAAAAGACUAGUCUUUUUACUAGUAUUUUGGUCACCUGGGUACAUAGCCUUUUUUGCUACAUUCGGUGCUUUGGUAAGCUGAGGAGAUUAUAGACUUUUCAUUUAAAAUAUUUGUCUUUUGAUCAUCUAGGCUUGGCAUUUAUUACUAUUUGAAUCAUCCGUAGAUAAUCUAUAUCAGCCUAUUCUUGCUAAAAGGCAUGUUGUCUUACAGCAGCAGAAGAACAUAUAGCUGAUGGCAAUGUGCGAGGAAAAGUGUGUUUCUUUGUUUGUACUCGAUUAUUGUCGACACAUUUUUUUCUCAAAUUACAAUACAAUCAAGAUGAUGCCUCUCUUUUGUUUGCUCAAUGCAGUCGCCGACCUGACGAAAAUCAGUUGAUUAAACCACUUUAUAAGACAAAUGUUGAGAAGCUUGAAGCUGAAAGAGAAUUUCAAAGUAAAAUUUUCCAUGCUACACACCAAAAAUUAUCCUAUUAUAAAAAAAUAAUUAAUACUUUACGAUCAAAAUCGGAAGCACAGACUAGAUUACAAGAUUACAUAUCUCAAAUGCCUAUUAUAAUUGAAGUCAUUCAUUUUAAGACUGAAUUAUGCAAUCCAGAAUCGACUCGAUACUCUUUGAAAAUUUUACGACGGUUACUGGAUUCAUUUCAGUUUCUGAAAAUGACUCGAUAUAUUUAUGCUCUAAAUCAAUUUCAUCUUCUCUUAUAUCGAACUUUUACUCAAUUGAUUGAACGAGAAGAAUUUCAUGCUAUUACAUUAAAACAAUUAUAUGAACGAGCAUGCCAAUCUUCAAGCAAUGUAUGUCAAUCCAAUCUAGAAACUAAAUAUAUGACGAUCAUUAAAAACAGAAUUGAAGCUGUUAAUGCUUAUCAUGCAUUUCCCGAUGGACAAAUUCGACCAGAUGCAUGUGACAUAACUCAACAUUUUGAAACCAUAUCCAUGGAAACACCAGUUAGUUAUCUCGUCGAAACAGAAAAUACCGAUGAAGGGGAUAUCAUUAUGCGUAUAUUAAGGUAA